GGAUCCAUUAUUCUAUUCUCUCCUUUCAUCUCUCCCUGUAAAUCUUCUUUUAUCUUCAUCCAAACAAACCCUAGCUAUGUCUGAGAAUCAUCUCUUUGACCCGACAAACGAAUUCAACAUGAAUGGAGUGGACCAAGAAAAAGAUAAUAAGGUGGCUGAUGAAAAGUCCAUGGCCGAGGAGUACCAAACGCCGAAGUCGGCGAAACACAAAAUCCCGAUCAUCGCAGAUUGCCCUCCGGCGCCGGAGAAACCUAGAGAGGGGCAGCCGGUCAACGGCGAACCGCUACCGCCGGGGCUUGAGUUCUUAGAGUCAGAUGGUCUUGAAGCGGUGGAGGUUUUCCUCAAGUCAUGCAUGAAGAAUCCUGGAAAGUUUGCUUCCAGGAAGAGACUUUUCGAUGCUUCUUCCUGAAUCAGAUGGAAAAGGUUUAUGGAGCAUAAACCUUCAUUGAUAUGGAUUAUCUAAUUUCCUUAGCUUCUCUGAUUCCAUGCAAUGUGUUGAAUUAUUAUUAAUAAGCUAGAUCAGACUCACUAGUGGACUAGGUCUAGAAAUUAAAAUAGGUUCAUGGUGUUGUUGUAUAACUAAUACCAUUUGUCAACUUUUAGGUUUUAUUUAAAUUAGAACCAUGUUCUUGUUGUAACCUAAAUCAGCUUGAAUACAUUCAUAAUUAU